AAGAAGAAGAAGAAGACGACGACGAAGAAGAAAUAUAAGUAGUUUAGCGGCGAGAGAUGCCACAAAAAAGAAAACAACCAAAAUACGAGUGGAGGCAAGAAGAAAACAGUUAUGGGUUCUUCUCAAAGCUCUGACUCCACGGAGUUGUCGAGUCCCACCUCAGCGGCUGCCACUUCCUCAGAUGUAUUUGUCAACCUUCCUCUGGAGAUCUUGGAGGAGACCUUCUUGAAUCUUCCAGCCCAGCAGGUGGUUAAUGUUUGCUGUCUGGUGUGCAAACAAUGGAAAUUUGUGGCCGAUAGUGAUUCUUUGUGGAAAGAGAGAUGUAGAAGAGAAGGCUAUUACCGUGACGGUUCUUCUAAAAUUCCCGAAGACUGGAGACUGUUUUAUUUCUUGUGCAAAAAUAGAAGAAACCUCCUCCAGAAUCCAAAAGGAGACCAAAAAUUAAGUGGCUGGCACAUUUUGGAGAACGGUGGUGACAAAUGGAAAGUAGAGGAACCUAUGGUGCCACAUCCAGAUGAGACGGUCCAGAAAAACUUUGUGACCUCUUAUAUGAUGUGUAAAAAGUGCCAGUUGAUUGACUUGGAGAAAGAGGGUUACAACUCGUCAUUUAUGGAUGUCUUCCAGCCAGCCAUCAAAAUAUCUGAUUGGUAUGCACCACGCUGGGAUUGCGGCUGUGAAUAUGAGAUCUGUGUGGAGUUGCUGAAUGCGAGAAAGCGGAUAAUCCAGAAAUUUGCUCCUGAGAGGAUUUAUUUUGAACAGUGGAACAACCAACAGUGGAAUCAGUUGACCCACAUAUUCCAAAACUAUGGACCUGGAGUGCGAUAUAUCCUCUUUACACACGGAGGAAAGGACACGCAGUUCUGGGCAGGAUGGUAUGGAAUUCGUGUUACCAACAGCUCUGUGGAGAUAUGUCCUGAAAAGUGACACACAUACCAUCUAAUACCUGCUGCCAUCCUCUGCCUAAUAUUGCACCUUUUGAAAGCCUUAUUUUUGUACUGUUCAUGUGGAGUUUUUGCACAUAAAGAAUGAUAAAUACUCCGUGUACAUAAUGUAAAUGAACCUUGAAUGUGUUGUAUAUAUGUAACCAUUAGACAUCGUGAAGUUAGUGUCGAGAUUGCUACUGUAUAUGUGGCAUACUAAAAUUACACAGUUCAACUCAUUCAAAAUGCUGUUCAUAUAAUUUCAGUGAAAAUCUUAUCACUUAAAAUGAGGUAUUUAACAGGGGAUUGCAUACACUCCAUAUUGGAUUUUGGUCAAGCAGGGGAUUGUGGGAAAUGUGUGCGUGCUGCAGAUACACUCAGAAAGUAAACAGCCUCAGAAUGCUGGGGAUUACUUGUGUCCCUGGAUGCUUCGUAACAGAGUUGGAUAUAGGGAAGCUAGUUUGCGCACUCCUUAUACCGCUAAUGUAAUGCUACCGUGCCUACGUGAGGGCACAGCCACCAUUACCAAAGAAGGCAAAAAUUACCCAGAUGUGCAAUACAGCCUCCAUGUGAGUGAAUGCGGAAGUACAGAUGGCACUCAAUGCAACAGGUUUCUGUGUAGGCUCUCAGUUGUCCAGGUGGUUUCCAUAGUAGAGAUGCUUGAAUCUUCGACUGGACUGGGUUGCUUGACGUGAGGACGUUUCAUUUCAAAUCACAGAAGCUUCCUCAGCUAAAAUUCUUGCUCUGGUAGUUUGACUUCUGUCUUGACUCUUGUACAAGAAAACGGGUCAACAUCCAUCAAAUCAGCAAAACCAAGAGUUUGGAAUCUGCUUAUGAAUGGCAGCAAUAUUGCAGUGAGCCUGUUAGACUAACUGGUGCUCAUCAUACCUCCUUCUCACCGUAUGAAGAUGUGCAUGAAAGAAAAUAAUUCCAGUUCAACAAUGUCAAAGGGAGAAAAUUGAGAUUUUUGUUCUAUUGAUGCAUCAUGUAAUAAUUCUGUAAGCACAACUUCUCUGCAACCGCUUCAUGGAUUUCAAGGAAGCCACUAAAUGGGAGCACACCACUUGAUGUGGAAAACAUUUUUUGGUCAGACAUCAAGGGAAGAAAAUUAUUUUUUUUUUUUUAAUGGAUCAGAUUUGACAAAUACACAAAGUGGUUCACAAUUUUUUUUUCAAGUGUUAAAUUACAAAUUAUAUACUACCACCAAUCUAUAAUACAAGUAACUGGUAUGGCAGAGCAGGGGGAAUCAUUUGGGGAGCUUGAGCUCCUCUUUGUUUUGCUCUGUAAUGUGAUGGUGAAACCAUGUAAAUUUUUUUUUUUCCUUCGUGUAAUGUUCUGUGGCAUACACGUUCUUACGCCAUACAUAUGUUAUGUGUACAUACAGAGCCAUCAAGUCAACAUAAGGGUAAGUUAUAAUACUGGUUUAUUGUGACAUGUUAUCACAAGCAUGAUACAGUACAACUGAAUAAAAACCUAAGACACAAAGGUAAUGUUCUCAUUUGAAAAUUACUUUAGUCACCCUCUCUCAUUUGCAUUAUUGCUAGCAUUGGUUUCAUAGGAGUUGCACUCACAGUAUUUACAGAUUGACUUCAAAGUACAUUAAGUAUUGACAUGAUCAAAAUGUGUUGCUCUCUCACUUGUUGCAGGGAAACAGCAGGUUUACUCGGUUUAGAAAGUCGUGUACUCCACAAGGUUUGUACACAAACAUCCAAAAGGAGCUGAACUGAAGCAACUUUUGACAAUUGGUAUUUGGGAUGUUACAGAACUUAAUUCAUGCCAACUACAAAUUGGCAUGAAUACAGAGAUGAUUAUGUUUAAUCUCGUCACAAUUACUUAAAUGUAGCAGUAACACGAUACUUCACAUUAUGCUCAAAUACUGUAGGUUUUCCAACUUUUUGAAUUAGCCUUCCUAAAAUCUUGUGUAAAUAGCCAUUAUCUCUAUAAAAAUGAAGAUAUGCUUGAUCAAGAGCUGAAUAUUCUGUUAAGGAAUAUUGUUGGUAAACUUCAAAUGCUCAGUCUUCCAGAUUACUUCAUUAAUUACUUGUUAUAUUAACCAUCUUGCAGAACCUUCUUUAUCAAUUUGUGUGCCUCUUUUUCAGUGACACGAAAACAUCAUGAUGUCUGAGAAUCGAAACAGAAUUCCAUCAAUGGCCACAAUGUUUUUAAAUUAUUGCGGGUUCACAGCAGAAACACUUGAAUGACAGUGCUAU